CUUUAGAUGCAGCCUAACCAAAGAGCUGGAUGCCUGCGCCAUGAACCCAGAGAUGACAAUGGACAGUAUUGGCAGUUUGCAUGGUGGGAGCAGCCAUGAUCAGGAUCUGAUGAGCAGCCACAGCCCUCACCAUCACCAUCAUCACCACCACCACCGGAGGAUCCACCAGGAGCUGUCCUCUCCAUCGUCCAGGUCUGCUAUGGUCUCCAGCAUGGCUUCCAUCCUGGAUGGGACUGGGGACUACCGUCCCGAGCUGUCUAUCCCCUUGCACCAUGCCAUGAGCAUGCCCUGUGACUCCUCACCACCUGGGAUGGGCAUGAGCAGCACCUACACCACCCUAACACCACUCCAACCACUGCCCCCUAUCUCCACCGUGUCUGACAAGUUCCACCACCCCCAUCACCAUCCCCACCACCACCACCAUCACCACCACCAGCGCCUCUCUGGCAAUGUCAGUGGUAGCUUCACCCUGAUGAGGGAUGACAGGGGCAUCCCCUCCAUGAACAAUCUGUACAGCCCCUACAAGGACAUGACUGGCAUGGGGCAGAGCUUGUCCCCCUUGACAGGCACCCCUCUAGGCAAUGGCUUGGGCUCCAUCCACAACAGCCAACAGAGCCUGCACAACUAUGGACCACCUGGGCACGACAAGAUGCUCAGCCCAAACUUUGAUGCCCACACUGCCAUGCUGGCAAGAGGCGACCAGCACCUCUCCAGGGGCCUGGCUACCCCACCAUCUGCCAUGAUGUCUCACCUCAAUGGGAUGCACCACUCUGUCCACCCGGGCCAUGGCCAAUCUCACGGGCCUGUGUUGACCUCCAGCCGUGACAGGCCACCCUCCUCCUCCGGGUCCCAGCUCAGCAACUCUGGACAGUUGGAAGAGAUCAAUACCAAAGAAGUAGCGCAGAGAAUCACAGCUGAACUCAAAAGGUACAGCAUCCCCCAGGCUAUCUUCGCCCAGAGGGUGCUGUGCCGCUCGCAGGGUACCCUCUCAGACCUUCUAAGAAACCCCAAACCUUGGAGUAAACUGAAAUCUGGCAGGGAGACCUUCAGGAGGAUGUGGAAGUGGCUGCAGGAGCCUGAAUUCCAAAGAAUGUCGGCUCUCAGGCUUGCAGCACCUGAAAUCUCCGAUAUCUUUCAGCCCUCCUGCAAACGCAAAGAACAAGAACCGAGCAAAGAUCGAAACAACUCUCAGAAGAAAUCCCGGCUGGUUUUCACAGACCUCCAACGCAGAACACUGUUUGCCAUCUUCAAGGAAAAUAAGCGCCCAUCCAAAGAAAUGCAGAUCACUAUUUCUCAGCAAUUGGGUUUGGAACUCAAUACAGUCAGUAACUUCUUCAUGAAUGCCAGGAGGCGGAGCUUAGAAAAAUGGCAGGACGAUUUAAGUACAGGGGGAAGCUCGUCAAACUCCAGCACUUGUACCAAAGCAUGAGGGGGGAAAAAUGGCUUCUAAAUGGGGCACAACUCAACUGUAAGCAAAAAAUGAAAAAAAAAAAAUAAGAGAAGAAAGGAUAUAUAUAAAUAUAUAUUUUUUGUUGUGGUUGGCGGGGCCAUUCACUGGUGACAAUCAGUAUCCGUGUGUAAAUUCUACAGGGCUGGAUGGUGAACGUAUUCACACCAGAUAGCUGUGCUGGCUUUGGCCCAUCUGAUGCUACGUCAUGCCAUGGUGUCAAUAAACACAGCACAUCAGUACAGGAAAACCAUCCAACCCAUCCAAAGUUCACUCAACGUCUUAAAGUUCUCAGAAACUCCACCAAAGCACUAAACUCAUUCCAGGUCUUCAAUGCAUAUUACGUGUCAUACCAUGGCAUCAGCUGUGACAUGUAAACCAGCAAACUUCACUAAUAUUUUCAACUUUGUCCAUAGCACAAGAGAAGAUUACAACCACUAACUACAUCCAUGAAAUACAAUUGUCAUACCUGAGCACAAAGUCUUUAGGCCACGCAAAGAAGUGUUAUGAAACACUUUCCCCUCAUUUCACCUUAAUUUAUUUUCUUUUGUUUAUUUAGCAUGAAUGUUCACAAACCAAAAAAAAAAUACAGUUCUAAGAAAUAUAGUAUUAAGCACAACAGGACAUUAGUAAUGCUUUUUUUUAAUUGUUUUUCCAUUUUAUUUUAUUUUUUUUUACAAAAAGUGGUACACACUCAGGAGUCCAUUCUACACCAUAUGGAGUAUUUUGGUUGCCAAUACUUUUACCAAAGAUAGAUCUAUAGAUUUUAUUUUGCUUUAUUACACAUUCACUAUCACGACAGGUCUGGAAACAGGACUUUUUUUUUCUUACGGAACAAUUCAGCACAGCUUGGAGUUAAAACAGUACAAACCAAAGAAAAGUAAAAUGUAAUGUUUUACAGUUUAUUCAUACUGUGAAUACCUCCGACAGUAAGAAGUAAGUUUACAAUAGAACCUUCGUAAAACAAUGUUUUCUUUUUUUUCUACAAAAUUAGUUUUCGGGAAUAUAAGUUUCCACACAUCCUGGAGAAUUGUCAGAACACGAUACCUUCUGUAUGAAACCAAUUGUCACUAUUUUGUCACGAUUUUGUUGGAGCUUUACCAGUGGAUGGCCCCCAUGCUCGAAACACUCGAGUCCGUGUUCCAAAGAAAAGGCCAAAGGCUACAAUAAUUGCUUUAAAUACACUUGAGACUGUUUUUUAUGUACUACUUAAUCGAAACCAAAGAAACGUUUUUUUCUGCACCUACUUCUUCUGCAACAAACUGUUCCAUUGAGUAAAAGGAAGCACGUCAGGAAAAUUAUUAACACACUGUGUUUGGACAGACAUCCUACACAUCUUAGGAAGCAGACCACUGAGAUAGGGUUGAGAAGGGUUGAAACCAAUCAAGGCCGAAAUUCUACAGUAUGUACUCGCUGCUUCAUUUGACAACCUAUUUAAGUCCUCUUAAAGUUGAAGAUUGUCUUUUAUUUGUGCCUAUGCAGUUUUUUCAAUGAACAAGGAAUUGACCGUCCUGAACCUCAACAGCUGCAAUACCAAAGAUGAGGAGUUCUCACAACUUUGCUUUGUUUUUCUUGUUUUCAGAUUUAUUAUUUUCUUCUUGCACGGCUAAAUCGCUUACAGUGCCACCAUUACCAUGUAUAUUAACAGCACAUCUGUCUGGCUGAAUAGAGUGUAAAUUGGUCCAUUUCACGGUUUACAGAUCAUACUUCCACUUGCAGUACUUCAUGAUAGGGUACUAUGGACCACUGGCUUAAGUUGUUGGGAUACAAUAGGUUUUGGUGUGUGCCCAUGUUUAAGGAGAUCUGUUGUGUUAACAAAUUGGUGGCAGACAAGUCAACUACUUUCGUAACAAUCGGCCUAUUUUAACAAAUUGGUAAAAUUAACAAUUUUAACAAAUUGGUGGCAGACAAGUCAACGUUUGCAACUAUCAGCCUAUUUAAUAAAAAGUUCUAAUCCAAAGUGCAGUAGCCCAUUAGAAUUCACCUUGCUUGAUUCUCACUGGUUGAUACGGGUUACUGUGGUUUAGAGUUACCACCUAAAUCAUAUACUAAAUAAGGCUGCUAAUGAGUCAGCAAGUUGCAAUAUACUAGUCAUCCCAUUGAGUUAUGUAUUUUAAAAUGUCAAUUUUGAGUACCUAACUGCUCUGCUGUCUUAACAUUCAACAAAUCUGCCCCAAGUAUAAUUAAGCAACAGAUCCACUCAAAGGUUGUUCAGCCUCACAACUGCCACUAUCAACCAUUUUGUACAACCACAAAAUUGCUUAUUUGGAAAAUAAUUUUGUCUAACCCCUUGGAGGCGGUGCCCUUUAAGGGGUUUAGAAUGCAGAAAGGCAGGGCGGGGCUUAUGGUCAUGUGACCGCCAUGAUUGGCUGUCAUGGUGGUCACAUGAUCAGAAAGCUCCCGAUCCCUGCUCACCGUUAGCCAUCAGUAACUGUGCCGGAGUUCUGCCAAAUUAGCCAACUCGCCAAAAACUCCAACCACAUUAUUACUUCUUUAAACCAUUAGUAAUUGGAAAUUUUGAUGAAUUGCUGUUUGGACCCAACACCGGCAACCAAAUACAGUCCAGUACAGGAAGAUUUAGCUGUUUUGACAGCACAGCGGCUAACAAGGCCAAAGUUGUCACCCCCUCUGAGGUGGUCAUUUUGUUGGCUAGUAUCGGAGCGGAGUAACAAUGUUCGCUCAUAAUAUCCUGCACCGGACCCUAU